GGACACCUGCCGUCAAUAGCCAACAUUCUUGCACUUUAAAGCCCGUUCCGGACGGCUACAAAUAGGAGGAUGAGACGCACAGGCGCGCAGAACUUUACGCACGAGCUCUCCAAAUAUGACAACACUGCAGAGAGAGGUCCAGGGCUCCCUGCUGACUGACGGGGACGGCUUCGACAUGUGGCACGACUACAUGAACCUGGGCAGGCUCCUGGAGAGGCUGUGCGUCAGGCGUGAGGCGCAGCGCGGAGAGGGGCCACAGCUGGAACAUCUGGCGCAGUGGAGCCCCUUCCGAGACCCGUCCGAUCAGCGGGAGGAGGACAACAAACUGUCCGCGGAGACGAGCUCAGUCAGCAGCCUGUCCGACACCAGCUGCGGCGCCAGCGUCUCCUCGGACCACUGUCGCUUCUGCAAGCAGAACGGGGAGUCUCCGAGGGUGUACGGGUCGCACAGGCUGAAAACCGACGACGGCAAAGUCACUUGCCCCAUCCUCCGCAAAUACACCUGUCCCAUCUGCGAGGCCACCGGGGACCACGCACACACACGCCGGUACUGCCCGCAGACGCAGCGGAGGGGAGGCAGGAAGAUGCUGCCCAGGUCCAGGUUCUGGUAGCUGGUUGGACAGUGAAGGACUGAUGACACCGAAGGGACUGUACAUAAUUACAUGUUUUUAUCCAUGUGUUCACGUGCACAGACUGUUUCAUGUGCAGCCUAUGGAAAUGUGCAGUUUGGCUUGAGUCAGGUUAAGAGACUACAGCUGCCAUGUUUUGUAUAUAUUUGGAUUUCAAUGUAUGCAGUUUUUGUUAUACAGUUUAUCUAUAAGUGACUUGAGUCUAAUUCUGCAAAUAAAACUUAAAGCCGGAGUGAAGUGAAGCCGGAUUCAGUCAUAUUUUAUUAGGAAAUAUCAGUGUUGGGAUGUAACACUGUUUCGAUGUACACAAGAGUUAAAUAUUGGGCUUUUUACUCAACACAGUAAUAACAGAAAUAAUGUUUUUUAUUAUUAUUGUUCUUGUUCUUGUUCUUCUUAUUGUUAGUAGUAGUAUUUAAAACCACAAAGGACCAGGUCCAGUGCAACCUGACUAUUGUUUGACUGUUUAUUGAAUAAAGAAAAACAUUUUAA